AUGUGGAAUUCGAAGCUGCAAUAUUUGCUGCUGCCAAUUUUUCUGCACAAAAACCUAGAUCUUGGCAAGCACUCUUUUGUGAAAGCUUUUAUUGUUAAAGCACAGUGUUUGGUAGUUCAAUUGAGUUUAAUUUGUAAUGAUUUUCCUGUUGUAUUUAUCUCACCUAAUACUUCGUCUUUUCUCUACAGGGAUUUUGCUGCUGGCAUAUGUAAUAAAAUCAGUGAGAUGAUACAAGGUUUGGCCACACCUGUGGACUUGAAGUUGAUCCCUAUUCUACAGCACAUGCAUCAUGAUGCUAGCCUGGCCUCCAGCUCCCGGCAGCUGCUCCAGCAGCCGGUAACAUCAUAUUCCUCUACCAAGAUGGUCACUGUUACUCUGCACACCUUUACUCUGCUUGCUGCUGCUUCUUUGGUUGACAUUCCUAAGCAGAUCCAGCUUUUGUUGCAGUACUUAAAGAAUGACCCCAGGAAGGCUGUGAAGAGGCUUGCAAUCCAAGAUUUAAAGUUGUUGGCCAAUAAGACACCACAUACGUGGAGCAGAGAAAAUAUUCAGGCACUCUGUGAAUCUGCUCUUCACACUCCUUAUGACAGCUUGAAGCUGGGCAUGCUCUCUGUUCUUUCCGUGUUAUUGGGGACCACUGCCAUUAAACAGUACUUCAGCACUGCUCCAGGAGCAGCAGCUACAACUGCGAGGUUAUUUGAUUUAGUAAAACUGGCACAGGAGUGCUGUUACCAUAAUAACCAUGGCAUUGCAGCUCAUGGUGUGAGAAUUCUGACUAAUGUAUCAGCCUCUUGUCAGGAAAAAGAUCUUCUGCCUUUGGAGCAAGUUGCAGUUUUUGGCUUAGAAGCUCUUCUUGUUCUUUGUAGUCAAGAUGACAGUCCAGGAGCUCAGGCAACCUUAAAGAUCAUGUUAACUUGCAUGGUGAAGCUGGUCAAGUGCCGUCCUCACCUGAGCCAGUCAGUAGUUGAAUCCCUGCUGACCCAGCUACACAGCGCCCAGGAUGCUGCCAGGAUUCUCAUGUGCCAUUGCUUAGCAGCUAUUGCCAUGCAGCUGCCUGUCCUAGCAGAUGGGAUGCUAGGAGACCUGAUGGACCUCUAUAAAUUAAUUGGACAAUCUGCCACAGAUAAAAAACAGGAACUCUUGGUUUCUCUCGCCACAGUGAUAUUUGUUUCCAGCCAGAAAGCUUUAUCUUCAGAAAUCAAAACUGUUAUCAAACAGCAGCUGGAGAAUGCCUCCAAUGGGUGGACCGCCUACAGGAUAGCUAGGCAGGCUUCCAGAAUGGGCAACCGUGACAUGGCCAGAGAACUGUAUCAAAGCCUGCUCACUCAAGUGGCAUCAGAACACUUCUACUUCUGGCUGAACAGCUUGAAGGAGUUCUCCCAUGCAGAACAGUGUUUGACAGGUCUGCAGGAGGACAACUACAGCUCGGCAUUGUCUUGCAUUGCUGAAGCUUUAAAAUCCUAUCACAAAGGAAUAGCAUCACUGACGGUUAGCACAGAUAUACUUUAGUGAUGAUUUUUCUGUAUGCUGUAGCAUAG